AUGGCCGACAGCGUCGAGUCUGUCCUCGCCAAAAUCCGGCCUCACACCACUUCCUCUCUUGCACAUCAAAAGGCCCCCGCAACUCUCCUCCGAGCCAUCGAGGCCACUUUCCGCGAGCAGAAUACAAUCUUCCCGGGCGUCUGGUCCUGCUCUGGUGAAGGCGAUAUCCUCCCUUCGGUCCUCUAUCUACUCGCUGCCGUCGCGCAAUACGUUCCCCAACCGGUCAUCCUCUCGCACCUCACCACCAUCGUCUCCUUGACAUCCCCUCUGUUUCCCUCAUUAUCUGCCCAUGCGCCACCCCUCCGCUCUCAACUCACUCUCUAUGGCGCCAUCUUCCUUGCUCUCGAUCGCUCUCACCUUGAGACUCAGGGUCUCCGCCAGGCUUUCAUGACCAUCGUGCAACUCUGUCUCGACCCACGUCCCAAGGUCCGGAAGAAAGCAGCUGAGAUUGUCAAGGAUGUUCUUUCCUCGCCUCCACUUCCGCUUUCGAAACACCCUUACGCGUCCAGGGUUGCAGAAUGGGUCCAGGCAGCACUCGCGGAGCUCGGUGCGGGUGGGCUGCCCAAGUUCAAGGGCAAGAAGGCUGAGAACGAGGGAUCAGAAGCGGCUAUCUAUUUGCUCGCAUUCCUACGCCCCGUCCUCCCUACUCUUCCCGCCGAGUCCUUCUCGGCCAUCACGUCCUCUAUGCUCCUCCUUCCCCGUCUCGGGAACCCUUAUUUGUCCCAGUCAGCAUAUUCCAUCCUUUCCGACCUUCUUGCGCUUUCGACGGAGGACCCGACUGUGGAUUUGCAGUCCCAUAUGUCCGACUUACUCAAAGUCAUCCUCUCUUCCCCGCCCCUUCGAAGCGACUCCGCCCUUACCUCGGCAUGGGCUGGAGUGCUUGGAAGCACCAUGCUCGCUUACUACCAUGCCAACCCAGAAGAAUGCUCUCCAGAGGUACACAAGGUCUGGAAAGCGCUCUGGAACCUGCUAGACUCUUCGGAUACGUCGACGCGCAAGGCAGCUGCCGACGCCCUCUCCACUCUCAGUCGCUGCUUCACUCCAUCUCUCAUUACCGCCGCUGUCAAAGAGAGGGACUCUUCGGAACCGAAGUCUGCCAUUGGCAAGAUCGUUGCGCAGACGGCCAAAGCUCUCGAUUCGCUUCCUUACGCCUCCGCUAUCCCAGGGAUAUUCGCGGUCUCAACUGCACUUAUGGAGAACCUACGCUACCGUGGUGGGUCUAAGGACCACGCUACGGCAGCAGAGCAGCUCCUAGUCCCACUCAUCGAGAAGGCGUCCGAAUUGCGAGUUCAGAAAACCUUUGAACAUAAGGAAGCGGCGGACGCGUUCCUCAGCGCAGCGAUGCGUGUGCUUGGGCCUGAAGUGCUUUUGCGACUGCUUCCCCUGAACCUGGAAGCAGCAGAUAGGCAAGCCGGUCGCGAACCUCGGGCUUUCUUGCUUCCUUUGCUUGCCCAGCCUCAUCCCUCCCCCCUCGGCCACUUCCUGUCUUAUUUUGUGCCUUUAACGGAACGAAUGUUCGAUCUCCAAACCACGGCGGACGCUGAAGGACGUCAAUCGGAGGCAAAGGUUUGGAGUGUGCUCGUCGAACAAAUAUGGGUUGGUCUCCCGGGGUACUGCUGGGCUCCUGCAGAUCUCGAGAAGUCGUUGAAUGCGCAAUUUGCUCAAUUGCUGUCUCAGCUGCUAUAUGGACAACCCGAGCUGCGCCCUGCGGUUCUCCGCGCUCUCAAGAUACUGGUCGAGUCUAACGUCGCACUCGCCAGCGAGGACCCGGAUAAGAUCGCCAGGCUUCCUCAGUCUGUCCGAGCGGAUCAUAUCUCGACUGAGCAAGCGCAAGAGAACGUGGCGUUCCUUCGUGCCCAGUGCGACAGCUGGCUCGCUGUCCUCUUCAACGUGUUCGGCAGCGUUGGGCGGGAUAACCAGCGCAUGGUUGGCGAUGUAGUUGGCGCAUGGAUUUCGAUUGCGGAUGCCAAAGCAGUCACCCAAGCGUACCAAAAGCUUGUUGCGCUGUUCAAACAGAACCUUGCCAAAGCACAGACAAGUGCGUCUGGGAAGGGCCCUGCGUCAGACAGCAUGGUCGUCGUCACCCAAGACUUGCUGCUCCUUGUCAUCCCUUACCUCUCGUCUGAAGACGCGACGGCAUUGUUCGACAUGUGUCUCUCCUCCGAAGUCCUAGAGAGCAAGGAAACGAUCCUCGCCCGCCUCGUCGAGAGCGAGAAAGUCGCCGCCGACGCCGCCGCCGUGUUCCAGAAGCUCGAAGGACUAGUGGACGGUCUCGCUGCCGCAGCGAAGAAGGACCGCAUGCUCCUGUUCACCGCGCUUGUCCGCGUUAUCCCCACCGAGUCGCUGCAUCUCAUUCCGACCGUCAUCCCCGAGGCCGUGCUAGGCACCAAGGAGCCGUCCGAAAAGGCGCGCAACGCCGCUUUCGAUCUCGUUGUGGCGAUGGGCAAGAAGAUGCAGGCCGGAGGAACUGUCAAACGACAGAUGCUCGAAGACAUGGACGAAGACGGCGCGGACGAUGCGACUGCCAACGUCGAGGAGUACCUCACAAUGGUUGCGGGUGGAUUGGCCGGUGCUUCACCGCACAUGAUCAGUGCCACGGUGACCGCACUGUCCCGUCUCGUGUUCGAGUUCAAGGAUUCCAUCUCCGCCAACAUGACGUCGGAGAUAUUCAGCACCCUGCUGGUCUUCCUCACGUCCGCCAACCGCGAGAUUGUGAAGUCCGUCCUCGGCUUUGUCAAGCUCGCAAUCCACACGAUAUCCCCCAAUCUUUUGCGCCCGUACCUCAAAGAUCUCGUACCGGCCCUUCUCCGGUGGUCCCACGACCACAAGAACCACUUCAAGGCGAAGGUCCGCCACAUCUUCGAGCGCAUGAUCAGACGCUUCGGGUGGGAAGACGUGUACUCGUUCGCCCAGGAAGAGGAGGCGCGGAAGGUCCUUCUCAACAUCAAGAAGCGGAAAGACAGAGCGAAGAAGAAGCGCGCCCAAGGCGCCGACGAUGACGACGAGGUGCCGCGUGCCAAGCCCGCGGCCGGCGACGCGUUCGAGGACGUCCUGUAUGGCAGCGAGAGCGAGAUCGACGAAAGCGACGACGAAGGCGCGCCGGCGCCGGGCGCAGGGAAGCCCAAGCGGAGAGACGACAAGGCGGGCGCGCGACUCCGCGUGGACGACGACGAGCCCAUGGAUCUGCUCUCCGGCGCGGCGACCCAUGUCACCACCGCGAGCCACAAGCGCAAAAAGCCCGGCCAAGACGCCGCGCGGUUCAAGACCGACGACGACACCGGCAAGAUGGUCAUCGACGGCUCCGACGACGAAGGCGCCGCGGCGACGGCGGACGCGGAGGAUGCGAAGAUGCGGGUCGAGGGCGAUGCGUACCGCGAGGGCCUCACGUCCGUCGACGGCUUCCGGCGGGGCGUGACGGGCAAGGUCAAGUUUAACAAGGACACGAAGAAGCGGCGGCGCGAGGCCGACGACGCGGAGGCGGACGUCGAAAUGGCGGACGCGGACGCGCAGGCGGGCAAGACGGCAGGCAAGAAGCCUUCUGCACGACAGAAACAGGAGCCGAAGUUCGGACACGAGUUCAAGGCGAAGAAAGCGGGAGGGGAUGUCAAAAAGGGCGGGGUGGACCCGUACGCGUACAUGUCGCUCUCGCAGGCUGCGAGCAAAAAGAACCGGGGGCAGCGGAUUGGUAUCGCAGGGAAGCGCUGA